AUUCUGAAGACACCUUUCCUCCGGUCCAGUGAAUUGCAAGUAUUUGCUCCGGCCAGAUCCUAAAUGACCUUAUUGAUGUUCGUCAAGUAUUAGCCACCGGAAUGGGCGGGGUUAAAGUGAAUGCCGGCGGGCGCGACGUCACGGAUUACUUGGGGAGUUCAUUAAAUGCAGCGAUUGAAAGCAGAGAUCACAUUAAAAGACGCAGGUACAGUGCAUGCUCUCGUGUGAACACGGGCUCGGAUUGGUUUCAUCAGGAGCAGGUUUCCAAGCGCGCUGCAGAGAGUAGCGAGAACUUGAUGCGCACUGACCCGCUGGGAGCCGCCGGCCACACCGGAGCAUUUUCCAAAGCCUUUGAACUUUAAAUAAGACACGUUCUUGCCACGGAUAUAUCGGGGGCAUAGCAAGAAAACGAACGGUACCCAGCUUACAGGCAGAAACAGCACUUUCAAAAAGCUAAGAAUUUAAGAGUGCAGUGAUUAGAGAGGGUCUGCGCUGAAUUUAAAAGCGCAUGAGCCCAUAUAGCAAGUGAUCCCAGAUAUAGUGCAGUGUGUCUGUCUGAAAGUGUUCGUGCGACAGUGCAAUACACUUCACAUUGUUACUAGUAUUAGUAGUAACAUUUGGAAAGUCCUAACGUGUGUUGGGAAACAUAAGCGUCCUAGAUGUCCAAGGACCUGGAAAUGCGCCUCGAUUUGGAGAAGUGUGGUGAUCUGUUCAAAGAUGCCGUUGAAGAGGAGGAGGAAGAGGAGAUCGAUGUGGAGAGCCUGGACGGGUCCCUCUCCAAGAACGUCGAGGGGGAGGGGGGCUGCGGGGGAGAGAAGGGCGUGGAUCCCCGUCAGGAACAGCAGCGCCGGCUAAUGCGCAGCCCCAAGUGUGCGCGCUGCCGGAACCACGGCGUUGUGUCCUGUCUCAAGGGACACAAGCGUUUGUGCCGCUGGCGGGACUGCCAGUGUGUCAACUGUCUGCUGGUGGUGGAGAGGCAGCGGGUCAUGGCAGCGCAGGUGGCGCUCAGGAGACAACAAGCUUCAGAGGUCAGGAAAGAUGACAAUGGUAAGGCCGCCCCAUCCCCGUCCCGAAGGACCCCGUACCAGCGCUAUCCCAGGCCUCCCAGUUUGCUGGCAAAGAGUAUACUGGAAGGGUACAAGGCUCCUAUGGUAGAAUCUCCCUGGUCGAACGGAAUGCACUUCCCGAACCUCAGCGAGAGAAUGCGGAAGAGACGCGCGUUUGCAGACAAGGAGCUGGAAAGCGUCAUGCUGGAAAGAGAAUUCAGGCAGAAGGAGCUGGAGGACCUGGCCACGCUGAAGAUGCUCAGCCCCACGCUGCCCGCCUCACCGGGAUCCCUGUGCAGCGUGCUGGGAGAGCCGACACAGUACAGCCAAACCGUUUACCUGCCCUUCGUGAACACCAGCCCUGUGUUGCUGGAAUGCGGGUUUCACUGCUGCCAAGCCGGAGAGGUGAUGACGACGACACAAUCGACUUCAGUGGAGUGCAGCUACGAACAGGUGCAAUGCGAUUUCUUGCAAAGGAGACGCCUGGACGCUGCGAGAAUGGUUUUGGAACGUUUAGAACUCUGCCAGGAGAACUCGCAUUGCCACCAGCACCAGCAAACUGGGUUGGAAGAUUCGACGGUUCUGGAAUGUGGCGCGCGUCUUAGCUGCCAGAGCCGAGGAACCCGCGAGCCCCCGGGCAUUUCUAGGCAGCGUUCCUCUCUAGAGCCUGAUGGACUUCCAGAUCCGGAAGACCUCGGCGCUUCCAAAGGCUGGGGGUUUGCAAAUCACCAUGCCGUCCCGCUAGAACUGAAGGAACCGGGCUGCAGACAUCAGCAACAGUCCAUUGCAAAGGAUAACUGGACUAACGUUUCGCAGACCCGCAGCGCAAUGGUCAAGAAGACUUUGCCGUUUUCAGUAGAGUCGCUGUUGAGAGACUGAUAUAGCAUACCAUGCUCACCAUUAUCAAAAUGGGAAAGAAUGAACUAGUUUGCAACAUAUAUUUUUUAAAUCGUGUAUUAGUUAUAAUACUGUAAUAAUGCAAAUCGUAUACAAUAUUAUAGGAUAUGAAUACAUGUGGGCUGUCAUUGUCCAAAAUUAAAGCUGUUGAUCUAGUAGAAUGCCAGCCAGGGUCCUGUGCAAUCAAAUUGAGCUUUCCCGUAACUUACACAGAACGAGAAAGCCAGAAAAUAACCCAAUACAGCCGGCUCCUACACAGCGUGCUGCUGGUAUGACCAGCGUACACGCGACACUUAAAACAGGGUUUAUUUGAUUUAUCUGAAGUUUUUUUUUUUUUUUCACGUUUGUUAACGCAUUGUCAAUAAUGCUGUGUGUAUGUUUAAACCCACAUGUCAGAAACUAUACAGGGGCUUGGUGUAACCAGCAGCACAGCCCUGGAGGAGAAGCACUGUUAAUUAACAUGUUAAUAAAUAAAAGCACAAGGGUCGUCUUUACAAACCAUCUACCAAUUGUCGAUCUCCUACAUGCAGCUAGGCUGUGUCUCUCUAGCUCUGUCAAAACACACAUUGCAAAAUGAGCAGGGUAGUAUUAUUUAUUUUCUUAGUUAGUAAAAGCACAGCACAGUGUAAUUAACACAGUGGAAGCCGGGUAGAGCCUAGGCACGCCUUGUUAAGAAUAGCUAGGUGUGGUAAAGUACAUUAACAGACAUGGCAGCCAGGCUCAUCUGUGGUAAAUGCACAGAUAACCAUGGGAGAGUGCUGUGGUAAACAGCAUUAAGAGCACACUGCACUGCAGGCUUGGCAUGUAGGGGGUGAGUCAUCUCUGCAGGUUAUUGUCAUUGUGAAAUGAUUUGUUUAACAUCUUGACAUGUUAAGAUAUUAUAAUAUGUACAUGUUUUUUGUAUUUCUUAAAAAUGUGCAUAUAAUGCUACAAUAUUUUUGUAACUUUAUACAAAUAUAUUGGCGACAGCCUUUCAGUCCUGCUUCUUCAUUUCGAGGUCCACCGUGAGUAAUAGUUGGGUUUCAUUUCAGACCCUCGUAGACUCACUCGAUGGGCUUCUUGUGUGUGUUCUGGAAUGAGGCAUUGCAGCUCCUGCACAUGUAACAAACAGUCUUUAUGAAAGAGGCGCACACACAGGCUGAGCAGUACGGCUCUCUCUGGGGUUUAGUGAAAGGGUCCCGUCAUUAUCACUGGGUGUGCUAACAUGAUGUUUAAAUGAGCUGCACUAUAGUAAUAUCAUUCCGUUUCCUAUCAAUUGACUGAUGGAGGUUUUGAAGUUUGGUUUUGUCAACAUGAAUUUUGUUGGUGGUUUUGUGUGGCAUGGAAAUGGAGCCUCAUAUAAAUACAUCUAAAAAAUGAAAGCAUGAAGUAAUAAAACACAGAGAGGUGUGGUAAAGCAUAGUCAAGCGCUGUAAAGCAGAGAGGGGUCUGGUAAAGCAUAGGGAAGCAUUGUAAAGCACAGAGAGGUCUGGUAAAGCAUAGGGAAGCAUUGUAAAGCACAGAGGUCUAGUAAAGCAUAGCCAAGCGCUGUAAAGCACAGAGGGGUCUGGUAAAGCAUAGGGAAGCAUUGUAAAGCACAGAGAGGUCUGGUAAAGCAUAGGGAAGCAUGGUAAAGCAUAGGGAAGCAUUGUAAAGCACAGAGAGGUAUUGUAAAGCACAGAGAGGUAUGGUAAAGCAUAGGGAAGCAUUGUAAAGCACAGAGAGGUCUGGUAAAGCAUAGGGAAGCAUGGUAAAGCAUAGGGAAGCAUUGUAAAGCACAGAGAGGUAUUGUAAAGCACAGAGAGGUAUGGUAAAGCACAGGGAAGCAUUGUAAAACACAGAGAGGUGUGGUAAAGCAUGGGAAGCAUUGUAAAGCAUAGAAACGUCUGGUAAAUCAUAUCAAAAAAACUAACCAUAGUAAACUGACCCUUAUAAAAGUUUCCCCAUAGUAAAAGCACAACAAAUGAGCAUAAAGCAUAGCCAAGCAUUGUAAAACACAGAGAAGUAUGGUAAAGCAAAAAAAAAAAAACAUAGUAAACGAACCAUUAGAAAAUAUU